ACCACUGUUAACACUAACACUGCAUGUCCGCAUCAUUCCGCAACACUAAUCCAUGCCCGCUCUUGUUGCCUCAUCAUGUUGCCAGCAUGCAGCAACAGCACAAUUCCAGCAUGCUCCUCUGUAACCCAUCCACAUCCUCCUCCUCUUCCUCCCGACCCCACUCCUUUGAGGCAGGGCCCCUCCUCCUGACCGACCCAUCAGCUAGGGUUGGUUCUCCGAGGCAUGAGUGAAGCAUUAGUAGAUCGCCGGGCGGCUCCAGCCCUUAUAACUCUGUGCAGUGGCCCCGAAUUCUCAGUGAGGAUAUCCACUAUUCCUGCCUUUGGUACCAUCAUGGAGACGGUCACGCAAAAAGAGCUGUUGGAGCGUGUAAAGAUGCAGCUGGCAUCGUUCCUCGAGGACCCGCAGUACCAGGAUCAGCACUCCUUACACAUGGAAAUCAUCAGGACGUUUGGAAGAGUCGGGCCUAAUGCUGAGCCACGCUUUAGAGACGACUUUGUUCUGCCACAUCUUCACAAACUGGCACUAGCCAACAACAGCCAGCAAGUGGAGACCAAGAGAAUCGACAUUGCCACACAGCUGUUUGAGGCCUACAGUGCACUCUCCUGCUGCUUCAUUUCUGAGGAGGUGAUGAUCAACCACUUCCUCCCUGGCCUCAGAUGUCUCCGCACUGACAUGGAGCAACUCUCUCCUGAGCACGAGGUGAUUCUGAGCUCUAUGGUCAAAGAGUGUGAAAUCAAGGUGGAAAACAGGGGAAUGGCGGACGCACAGGGGUCCAUGUCUAUUGCCUCUAGUUUGGUGGGCGAGGAUGCCAAGACCAAGUUCCUAAGUAAGAUGGGUCAGCUGACCACCUCAGGCGCCAUGCUGGCCAAUGUCUUCCAGAGAAAAAAGUGAUCGCGACGGCUGACCGAUCGACCACCACUACACUAAACUGACGAAGCCCUGCCGUCUGUGGGAACAUUUCAUUUUCCUGAACAAAGCACUGGUUCAGCUUAAAGAACUUAAUGGUCGAGUAUCUUGCUUGUUCUCUUUCAAGAAACGAAGGUUUGCAGAAACUUGUGUCGUUUGAAAAUCUCCGGCGCGGUAGGACCUGCGAUUUAAAGGUAAAGAGCAGUGGUUUUUUGCGGUGAAAGGCUAAGGUUAUUUCUCCCUACCCCCUCUGCUCAUUCAUCACGUCUUCAUUCCUAAUCAUGGCGGAGGUAUUGUCAAAGAUUUGCUUUUUCAAAUCAGUGUUGUUGACAUUGACAUUUCAGAAAAAUGUGAGCGAGCCAGAGGGAGAAACGGAACUAAAACUAAAACCAACUGAAAAUGAUUCAAAAAUGGACUUGUUUCUCUGACCACUCUGGACAUGAACGCAUCACUGAAUUAAAUCACGUUUUCAGUCCAGCACUUCUUGUGACCUGCUGGCUGUCAUUUAGAAUAUUAAGUGUCAGUUUGGAGCGAAGGGUUUGUACGACAGGUUGCAUUUGAAAUUUGUACUGAAGGAUCGAACCACGGGAUGGCUCUCAGUCUGCUAUGGAUGCCUUGUGCAGCGUCUUCUGUACGGCUCGGAAGUAACGUCUACUUGAAGUUUAAAAAAUAACAAAAAAACGUCUUGCCUUUAUUCUUAUUUCUUCAACGUCUUUCUCUCUUUUUUGUUUUUGUUUAAAGUUUCUAUUUUAUAACUUAUUUAUAUCUUAAUGAAGGAGAAUCCAUACUUAAUUCCGACUUCCAAAGAAAUUUGCACUUAGUAUUUUUGUUCUUAUAUAUAUAUAAUAUAUAUAUAUAUAUACACAUGUAGAUAUUGUUUUAAUUGAGAGGCUUAUGCAUAAUGAACAACAUCACUACUGUUAAUGGAGGUUUUUUUGUCUGGCAAUGUGAAGAUGAUGAGAACACUGAUCAUGAUUCCCUCUCUCUGUCCGUAACUUCAUGUCUCUCUGUGUUGCAGUCUCUUGUACUUUUUUUCUAAAGUGGGUAUUUGGUUCUAUUUUUAUUAUUUCCGUUGUCGUUCUUUAUUUUUUGGAUAUGCUCGAAGAGAAACAGUCAAUAACUGUAUCAUACACUGAACUGAAGAGGACCGUACUCUUAUGUAUAUUUGAAAUUGGUGUCAUGGUGUAAUAAAAGACGAGCGGUGAGUUGAAUUUAAA